AUGGGGUAUACUGAAACCCUCACCACCAUUACUAAGUUCAAGAAGUCCUGCCUUCCUCCUCAAUGGAAUGUCCUUUUCACUCUGCUAUUUAAAGGGCUCUUUGAGCGAAGCGUCGGCUCAGAUGGGGCGAGCAAGUCUUUUAUGACUGUGCUAUAUGGACUCUACCAUGGGAUAGAUUUGGAUUAUGGAAACAUUAUUUGGCAACAACUGGUUCAAAGCUUGGUCUUUUCGUCCAGACACUCAAAAAUCUCAUGUGGGCGAUAUUGGUUUAUAAUCACUAAGUGGGAAAUGGAUUGUCUUCAUGUUCCAAUCAUGGCGUAUUCUCUUCCCUCCUCCAUCGCCACUUUUCACACAACCAAGACAAUCAUCACAGAUCCCACCAAGUACUCCUUCAUUGGACCCGUUCCUGAAACCAUGCUUGCUUGUGUCUCUGCAGUGAGCAAUGUUCUGCAACAAUAUCGAAAGAUUUCGUCUUUGGGUCCAAGGGAGCUAACGCCAGCCAUGGUUCGCUCCAUUGAAGAAGCUGACAAGCCAGCGAAAAGGGGAAAGAAAACUGACACCCAGAAAGAGACCCGUGUUUCCAAACCAACCAAGGGGCAAACCCCUAAGAAGCGAAAGUCUGACAAGGCUGCUCCAUCCAAAUCUCAACCGAAGAAGCAGAAGAAGCCUGCUAGGAAGCUUAUACUCCAAUCUUCUAAAUCCAAGAGUGAAAGCUCUGAUGAUGAGGCUUCGGGUCGAGGUGAUACUCCGCCUCGCUCCCCUACCCCAAAAAUUCCAGUUCGCUCCCAGCCUCCUUCUCCUCCACCUGUUACCAUCCCAGUAUCCAUCCUUCCAAUAUUUCCUAUCCCAACCACUCAACCAUCCACCACUAUUCCCAUCCCUACUCCUAUAUUCACAGACACUACUACCACCACUACUACCACAGGGGCUCAUUCUACAGCUCCCACUCCACCCGUUACAACCGAACCACCAGUAACAACCGAACCUCCAACCACUAGCAAACCCUUAUCUCCUACUCCAUCUACAGACACCAGCCCAGUUCUAGGCGGUGAGGACUUGGAAUUUGAUUCCACUUAUUUUAGUCCUUACCGUGUAAAAAAUGAUGAAGAUGAUGAUGAGCCUGUUACCAAGCGUUAUCUCAAAGCAGUAAACGACACACUCGAACAACUGCUUUCCUCCUCUUCCUUUGGGGCUUACUCUGACGCUGCUUUAAAGGCUUUGUGA